UACUGGUGAUCGGGUCUACACAUCCUGCUUUCCCUCUAUGACCAUUUGGGCUGCCCAUGGACUCCGGUGACCCAUUGUACACCUUACGGAUUUGACGCACUUUGUGGGUUCCAUCGACAAAGCGGAGUGGACAACAAAGCAGAGGUAAAUGGAGUGCAGGAACCCACACACGCCCUUUCCCCUUUCCUAUCCGAUGGAUGCACAGUGAGAAAGAACGACCCACCUUCCUUUCCGCUCCAACAUGUUGUUUCUGUCACCUGGUCUCGACGUAUGCUCUUGCCCCGGGCCGUUUCCCUUGAAGCUCUCAGCCUUCCUGCCUUUCGGUCACAACCCACUUCCUUUGGAGUACCCUGUCGCCAGGUUUCUUUCGUCACGGAUCUUUCUCUUCUUGGGUAGCUCAUCAAUCACUAUUUCUGGGCCAUACUUCCAACAAAAGCGGCGAAUGCAUUACUUCCGUCAUAUGACGACGGUAUGUCCCGUUUAUUUCGGGAGAGUGGGAGUGGGACACUUUGGCGGGACGCCCUCGUGGGGUCGGUAUGGACAUGUUCCCACAGGCGCUUGCACCUGUUGUCCAUGCCCCUUUCCUGUUAGGGUGGAACUUUGCGAGCCAGUUGGCUCGCAUAGUGUCCACCCAACAUGUUUGGCCAUAAGUAUCAUUUCUCCUCUCACAUUGAGACUCAUGCUGACAUCCUUACAUGUGCAGGAACAUCUUAUGUUGGGCAAGGAGCACAUUUCAUGGUAAGCUGAUCAGAUCCACUCGUGUGUUUUUUGCCACUAAC